UCAAUUUCGAUAUAAACUUUUCUCCUCUCUCUAGACCACCGCAUCUUUAUAAUGGGUAAAUUUUUACUCCACAUUUCCUAGGGGACAGAGAGGCCUUAUAUUCAUUAGGAGGCAAACAAGGAAGAAACAACGCAGGGGCAGGCGAGGCAAAUGAAAUGAAGUCCACCACGCCCCGAAAAAGCCGUUUCCCUCUCCUCUUCUUCUUUUUCGCUUUCUUAGUCAUCGCCGCUCUCCUCUACGGCGAAGACUUUAGCUGCGCUCUCUUUCGCUCUUUCACCCCAAUUCCUUCUUACCAACCCCUCCUAUCUUCUCAAUCUGCAACUGGGAUCCAGUCGCGGAAGCCCACUGGCAGCUACUCAGAGGCGGAUCUUCGCCGGAAAUUGGGUCUGUUGAGGGUGCCGUUCUCCUUUGAGGAAUUUUCCGGCGACUGUGACUUGUUUUCCGGCAAGUGGGUCUUCGACAAUGGGUCUCACCCAUUAUAUGAGGAGAAAUCAUGUCCUUACAUCCAGCCACAGUUGACUUGUAAAGAACAUGGACGGCCCGAUUCAGACUACCAGCAUUUGAGAUGGAAACCUCAUGCGUGCUCGCUUCCCAGGUUCAAUGCCACACUUAUGCUGGAGAGGCUGCGAGGGAAGAGGAUGAUGUAUGUUGGAGAUUCACUGAACCGUGGGCAGUUUGUUUCGAUGGUGUGUCUCCUCCACUCUAUCAUCCCCGACGACGCCAAAUCCUUUUAUGCCAAUGACUCUCUCACUGUUUUUACAGCUAAGGAUUAUAAUGCUACGAUUGAGUUCUAUUGGGCACCCUUCUUGGUUGAAUCAAACUCUGAUAAUGCAAUCGUACACAGGAUUACAGAAAGAAUGGUUAGGGCCAGAUCCAUCACUAAGCAUGCAAAGCAUUGGAAGGGAGUUGACAUUCUUGUUUUCAACACCUACCUAUGGUGGAUGACUGGUACAAGGAUGAAGAUCCUGCGGGGGCCUUUUGGGGGAGACAUGAGGCACAUUGUGCCAAUGGAGACUGAAGACGCAUACCGCCUUGCUUUAAGGAGUAUGGCUAUAUGGGUCGAGAAGAACAUGGAUCCUCACAAAACCAGAGUCUUCUUCACGAGCAUGUCACCUGCCCAUGAGAAGAGUAAGGAUUGGGGACCAGAGACAGAAGGCAAUUGUUACAACGAGACCACCCCCAUUGAAGACCCCACUUAUUGGGGGAGGGGCUCAAGCAAGGGCAUCAUGAGGGUUUUAGGCCAGGUCCUUAGUGGGAUGAAGGUUCCUGUGACCCUUUUGAACAUAACCCAGCUCUCAGAAUAUAGAAAGGAUGCUCACACUUCAAUUUACAAGAAGCAAUGGAAUCCAUUGACCCCCGAACAACUAGCGAACCCUGUAAGUUAUGCAGAUUGUGUACAUUGGUGUUUGCCCGGUCUUCAAGAUACAUGGAAUGAGCUUUUGUAUGCUAAACUCUUUUUCCCUUAGAUCACAAGCCUAAGAGGGCUAUUUUUGUUGUCUCCUCUGUGUUAUUUCUGCCUUUCAAGGCCAGAUGGGGCAGGCUUUGUUUUUCUCUGGAGUAGUUUGAGUGUGUUUGGAGUGCAUUGAGAAUUUGUUUGGAGAAAGUCAUGUAAAAUGUGUUCGAUUCUUUUGUUUA